UGCUGAUGUUCUCCACAGCCAGGCUCCACUGGAACACUAGACAGCACCUCUGUACACACAAUCUAAUGAGAGAGCACUUGCCUGGCCCCUAAAGGAUUAAGACAGGGCCUUUUUCCUGGAAUUCAAAAUGAAUCGAGUAGAAGAAUGGGUUCUGGAGAACAAGAGCAAGAUUGAAAAAGGAGUAGAGAUAAUGGGCCAAGGCUGUGAGAUUCUAGCCGCCACUGUGGGCCAGUUCCAUCCCAUCCUGGAGGCAGUUUUUGUGGCUUCCGCUGAGAUUCUCAGCAACCCUGAAGGCAAAGAGGCCAAGUACUUGGCAGAGCAGUUUGAAAAGGUCAACCAGAAGCUGGAGGGAAUACAGGAUGAAGUUGACAAAAUAGCCCUGGAGCUGCAGCGAACAUCGAUGAACAAGCAGAACUUUCACUAUGAAGCACAAAUGAUCAGUCAGUAUGAGAAGUUCCAAGAUUUCAUCAACGCCAAACCCAAGUUCAAGGAAAAGAAAAAGGAAAAGUUUCUCAAGCACUUUGAGAACACAGAGGGUUGCCUGAACCUCGACGCUUUGUACAAUGCCGUCACUGGAAACAACACUUCUGGGGAUGCAAUGCUGGACACAGUGGUGACCACAGAGCAGCGAAGUAGGCGAGCAGUGGAGGAAUUCUGUGCCAAGCUGAAGAAACUCUUCGUGAUCGGGAUCAUAGCCGUGAUGGGGCACGCUGCGCUGACGGAAGGUCAACCAGACCAGACCAUGGUGAAGACAUGGCAAGACCGCAUGGAGGAUGUGGAGAAACGCAUGAAGGUGGCAGUGGAUGAGUGCAUAAAUAACUUUCCUGCACAAGCCAAGAUGGAUGUAGAACACCAGCUUCUGGAAAGGCAGAGCAGCGUUGACCAAGAGUUUACUAAACACCUGCUAGAUGCCCUUGUCAAGAAGUAUGACUGGGUCUCCUGGUCAAUUAGGGUGUUUAAUCAUGGUGGCAUAUUUUUCUGGAAUUGGAUGGCUGGCAAAAAGUACCAUGGGAGCAGUGGAGGUGGCAAUUUUUUUGACCUUUUGACCAAAAACAACAUAAGAAUCGUAGUGUCUUUUAGUGUGGAUCCAAAGCCACUCAACAACAGCCAGUUACAUGAUCAGAUAGAAAAACAGAAUCUGAAGGGCAACAUGGUGUCUGUGGCACAGUGUCUGUGCAGUGGUAUUCCCAACUGCCUUGUGCAUGCUAUCAGCCGCUAUAAAAAAGUAGUGGAAGCCAACAACUUCCAACCAGAAUGCUACUAUUAUAACAUGCACAAAAGAGCAUAUCUGUGCAUCCAUUCAGAAUAGUAGACAUCAGACAGAAAAAAAAAAUAUCACAAUGGCAAUCAGGCUUUUAAAUUUUUGUUGCUUUUUUUAAAAAAUCAGACUUUAUUAAAGUCUCAAAAUUUAGAAAGCCAAUGUUGAUGGCAAAUGCAUGAUGAAACCAAUUACUUUUCUGCGUCUUAUUCACUCUCCACUAGAGCUCUCCUGUGAUUCUGCCUUGUAAGACAUGGUUUUAUGAUGUUCAUUCCAAAGCUGUUAAAGUUAAGUAUGCAUAUCUGUAUCUAAUCAAAUUUGUCCCUUCUCAAAAUCAGAAAAGAAGCAUGGUAAUGUGAUAUUGUGUCCAUGCUUCUAUAAGCAUCAUGAAAAACUAUAAUUUAGUAUCCUCAGCUUGUUAUUGGAGCAUUAUUUCAGCAAUGAUAUAAAAAGAAACAUUCAAAACCUUGUCUAGCUGCAAUGUGAUCAAUUUGUGAGCCAAUACUGUUUCUUUUCAUGUUUAUUAUGCUAUAUUUAGUUUAUAUAAAUGCUAUGCUCUAAAUACAAAA